AUGAAUAAUCCAACUGGCAGUUAUUAUUACGUAGAGACUCUUUGUAAUGAUCCUGAUAAGGACUUUGAGAUUCUUGACUAUGUUAGCAUUGGGGAUAAUUCUGAAAGUCUUGAGCAACCAACAUCUUCACUUUUGUCUAAAUAUAGUACAAGCAGCACAGAAAGUGAUAUAAAUCUAUACGAUAGUUCACAUGAUAUACAAUUUGAUAUAUCAGCAAUCGGAUUAGCUAAGGCAUAUGCCAAUUUGUCAUCAACAACAAUACAAGAACAAGAUAAUGAAAUUGAUAUAAAUUGGUUGGCACAAGACCUUAAUGUAACGUCUAAUAGAGAAUCAUCAUGGGAUAUGACUAUUUGUUAUGAAAAUGAAUUAACUCUAGAAUUUAAUUCUGGUGAGAAACUAUUGAAACAGCUUGGAGAGAUUUGGGAGCUAGAUUUUGAUACGGUGGAUGAAAUUGUUAUGAAAUCAAAG